ACACGAACGUCUCGAGAGAACCAGCAAAUCGCGCGAUGUUUGGUCCGACCGUGUGUUGUAAACCUGAGUUAACUAUUUAGGGAGUCGCUGCACUAUUUCACCGGGCUUUGCAGCCAGGCAGCAGUGUUUUCUUUGUCCGAAGAGGGAGAUUAAAUUGCUAAAAACAGUGAAAGAUGCAGCCUGCAACAGCGAAGUGGUACGACAGACGAGACUCUGUGUUUGUAGAGUUCUGUGUGGAGGACAGUAAAGAUGUGCAAGUACAUUUCGACAAGACGAAAUUUGUUUUCAGCUGCGUCAGUGGAACAGACAAUAUCAAACACCACAAUCCGGUGGAGCUUUUUGGAGAGAUCGAUCCCAAAGAUUCCAAACACAGACGCACCGAUCGGUCUGUGUUGUGUUGUUUACGAAAAGCAGAGGCUGGAAAGUCAUGGCCACGGCUUGCCAAAGACAAGGCUAAGUGCAACUGGCUGAGUGUGGAUUUCAAUAAUUGGAAGGACUGGGAAGACGACUCGGAUGAGGACUUGUCAAGUUUUGACAAAUUUUCAGAGAUGAUGAACAGCAUGGGAGGGGACGACCUACCGGAUUUAGAUGGAGCAGAUGAUGAGCAUGAUUCUGCAGACAGCGACAAUGAAAAAAUGCCCGACCUUGAGUAGACCGAUAUGGCCGCCACCUCAGUAGUUAACGAAGCAAGUUACGAGUCAGUUGGAGAGAGCGAGAGAGAGAGAGACUGAACAUGAGUUGGCAGCCAUGUUGGAGAAGAAGCUAAUCUCUCUCCACAGUCUCCAAAGCGAAGCCCCCGAAGGGAGUGACAGGGAGCGACUGUUGGUCCCAGACAGGCACAGAGAUCCAUAGCGACGUACAGUGCUGUGCUUUGCUGUUUUGUUCUGCAUGGACAGUUCUGUUCAAAUGAAAUUGUUCUUGUUCAUUGACUUAAAUGACUGUAAUGGGAUGUGCUGAUGUCUUACACCUCGCCCUCUUUCUUUUUUUUUUUUCUUCCUUGCGAUGUAGAUUAUGUAUUCGUUGUGAUUUCUAAUGAAAAAAAACAAACUCAAAAUGCCUAUUUUCCAACAAAGUAAUUUUUUUAAUGACAGAUUUUUUCCCCUUUUAAUGUUUGUAUUGUAAAAUGCACUUAUUAUGUUUGUUAAUUUAAAAAA